AUGGCUCCGUUCGGCAAGAUCUACAGCUACCCCAACAAUCCCAGGGUCCAGCGGGUGCAAGCCCUCGCGGCCAUGAACGGGCUCGAGGUGGAGACGGUGGCCGACUUCCAGAUGGGCGUGACCAACCAGACGCCCGAGUUCCUUGCCAAGUUCCCGCUGGGCAAGGUCCCGGCCUUCGAGUCGGCCGACGGCACCUUCUUCCUGACGGAGAGCCAGGCGAUCGCGCGGUACGUGGCCGAGAGCGGGCCGCGGGCCGACGAGCUGCUGGGGCGCGACCCCCGGGAGCGCGCGCUGAUCGAGCAGUGGGCCUGCUUCGCCGAGCAGGAGCUCGUGGGCAACAUGCUGCCGGCCGUGCUGAUGUGCGUGGCCAAGUUCUGGCCCUUCGACCAGGCCGCCUACGACCGCAGCCUGAGCGUGCUGGAGCGCGCCGUCAAGCGCGUCGACGUGGCGCUGCAGGGCGGCGCGCCGGGCAAGAAGUUCCUCGUCGGCGACCGCCUCACCUUCGCCGACGUCAUGGUCGUCGGCGCGCUGCACAUCGCCGCCAAGUAUGUCGUCGACGCCGACAUGCGCAAGGAGGCCCCCGCCGUGGAGCCGUACGUGCGCGCCGUGCUGGAGGUGCCCGAGAUGAAGCAGUACUUUGGCGAGCUGGAGCUGUGCGAGACCCGUGUUGGCAAGCCGGAGUGA